AGAUGAACUCCAAUAUUGACGGCCUCACCCAGUUCUCACUUUUGCCUUAAAAAUAGUUGGCGUUCGCUCACUUCAGCUUCUGGCUAUCCUUGGAUCCCGAUUCACUCUUUAGCAAUUUGCUCUCUGCACUUCCCGUCUCUGCCCGUCGGACCAACGCCGAUUUAUUGGCAAUUUGCAAGAGAAGCAGUGUCUUGCCAUCAUGACGAUUAUACUGUCCUUGCAUGAGCCAUCCUCCCAAGCGAAAGCUCUAGAUAUCCUCGGUAACGUACACGGCCCCCUCGUCGGCGCACUCUUCUGGGUUUCUACCUUCUAUGGCUUCGUAAAACUGCACAGGCCAAUCGAGAUUUCCCGGAAAAAAAGAGCCAUAGCGACGACACUGGUCACCGUGCUCCCCAUAACGUAUGUGGCCGAAGUGCUGUAUUACUUUGUCAGCUGGGCAUCCGGAGGUAGCCAAGCGUCCAAAGGAGCCAUCAACAACUGCCUAUGGUCUAUCCUUUUCAUGACCACAGUCAAUGUCAAAAUUUUCCGUGCUGAAAAAGCGCGAUGGUUCUCUUGUCUUGGAGCAUUCGUUCUGGAGUUUGCUCUCAACACUACGAUCCUUUGUUUGAAAGCAAUUACAUCGAGAGAACUUGGCCGCUAUGUGGCUGCCUCGCUGAUUAUCCAGUUUCUCAGAACCACUGUUUCUUUAGCACUCGUCAUACAAUGGUUGACUGUGCUUCCCAGGAGAGCAGUAAAAUUGGGUACCGAUGAGGAAGGCCAGUCGUUGCUCAGCGACCACGCGAACGGAAGUCCAACCUUGAAAAAACAUACGCCCUACGGAACCGUGGGUGGAGGCCCCUCUGAUACCGGGAAACACGACGAUCGCGAUAUGGAGAUCAAAAAACUGCAAGCAGAAAGAAUUGAGAAGGAGGGUGGUUGGGUAGGCUAUCUGAAAACAUUCGCAGUGUUCCUACCGCACCUCUGGCCAACCAAUGACCGUGAACUCAUGAUUUGGCUGUGCGUCCGUGGAGCCAACAUCCUUCUUUCCAGCAUUCUACAAGUGCUCACGCCCCGACAGCUUGGCAUCAUUACCGAUAAAUUAUCAUCAGGAAUCACUACUAUGCCAUGGCUGGAUAUAGCGCUAUGGCUGCUGUAUUCAUUUCUACCCACCUACGCGGGAUUUGGCGCUCUGGGUGCGCUUGCCUCGAUUAAAGUCAGGACCAGAACGUCUUCAAGGAUCCAACUUUUGGCUUUUGCCCACGUCAUGGAUCUCUCGAUGGACUUCCAUGCAAACAAGGCGACAGGAGAAGUAAUCAAAGCUGUGGAGCAGGCCACUUCCCUGAACCGCCUGGUCGAAACAGUGCUUUUCGAGAUUCUACCUAUGAUCAUCAACAUCUGCAUCUCCGUAUGGUAUGUUACGCACCUCUUCGAUCUAUAUUUUGCGUAUAUCAUCAUUUGUAUGAGCGCUCUGUAUGUGACGAUUGAGUUUAUCUCCACCGCCUGGAGUCGCGAACAUCUCCGUUUGUACCGAGCAAAGUGCAGAGCGGAGAGCCAAAUCUCGAACGAGUCGCUCCAUAACUGGCACACUGUCUUCUACUUCAACCGCGGCAAAUAUGAAACCACGCGUUUCAACGAAGCUCUGAAAAGCCGCAUCAUGGCGAGCUUUGAUUACCAGAUUCGACGCAUGUCCUGCUAUGCCUUGUCAGAUGGCUUCUUGUAUCUGGCCCAAUCGGGAUGCUAUAUUCUGGCCAUCCAUCAGAUCGUCAAGGGAUGGAAGCCUGUCGGAAACCUAGUGACAUUUAUUAUGUACUGGUACACCAUCAUCAGCCCCGUCAGAAGUCUCGCUUUCAACUACAGGACGCUCACAGAGAAUCUCAUUGAUGCCGAACGUUUGGUCCAGCUUCUCAGCACCAAGCCCAGCGUGGCCGAUGCACCGGGCGCCAAACCGCUUGUCACCACGGAGGGCAAGGUCGUCUUCGAUAACGUGGGCUUCUCCUACGAUGAACGCAAGCCUAUCACCCGGGAUGUUAGCUUGAUAGCCGAAGGCGGCCAAACCAUAGCCCUCGUAGGCGAAACCGGUGGCGGCAAGUCUACUCUGCUGAAGCUCCUCGCGAGAGCCUACGAUGCAGUGGGCGGCUCCAUAUCCAUUGACGGGCAAGACAUCCGGUCCGUUACGCGCUCCAGCUUGCGCGACGCCAUGGGCCUUGUUCCCCAGAGCCCCGAGCUCUUCAACAUCCCCAUCCGCGAGAAUGUUCGAUACGGCCGGCUCGAUGCCACGGAUGAGGAAGUCGAGGACGCCUGCCGCGCUGCUGCGAUCCAUGAUACCAUCGUCGAGUUUCCGGACGGCUACGACUCGCUUGUGGGUGAGCGCGGCGUCAAACUGUCAGGAGGCCAGCUCCAACGUGUCGCCAUUGCGCGCGUUCUCCUGCGCGAUCCGAGCAUCGUGUUGCUGGACGAAGCGACGAGCGCCGUGGAUUCGGCAACCGAGGAGCUGAUCCAGAAGGCCUUCAGGAAGCUGUGUGCGGGGAAGACGACAUUCGUCAUUGCCCAUCGCCUGAGCACCAUCGUGGAGGCCGAUCAGAUUCUGCUCGUCAGCAAAGGCGAGAUUGUCGAGAGGGGCUCGCACGACGAGUUGUUGGCUAUGGGAGGCAAGUAUGCGGAGUUUUGGAACAAGCAGAGUGGAGGUCAGGGCGUUGGUGAGUGCGCUACGUGCAGCUCCACGCUGAGAUGUACGGAUUGUGCGGCUUCGGGUAAGACAUCGGCGACGGCGUCGACGUGUGUUGACGCGAGUGAAGAGGGUGCGGCGGUUGAUGAAGGCGUGGCACAGGGUGCGGGCACGCAGGCCGAGGACACGGGCAAGGCGGCUGGGAGCUCGGCGGCUACUCAAGGAGACAAUAUCAAGAACAGGUGACCAACCCAAAGUUAUAGGGCGAUGCCGUAGCAGGACUUUUGGGCGUUGAAGACCGUUGAGAAGUGCUAGGGGAAAAGCGAAACGGCUUAGAAUGAUAAUUGUAAGAGAAAGGACUAUAGUGUUUAACACAGGCAUCAGGA